AUGAGCAAGAUUUUAACUCGACGUCAGAUCGAAGAUCGGAUUGCGCGAGGGCAGUCCAUUGUCAUAUUCGAAAACCUUGUCUUGAAUUUAGACAAAUGGGUCCAGUUUCAUCCAGGUGGAGACAAAGCAAUUUAUCAUAUGAUUGGUCGUGAUGCGACAGAUGAGAUGAGGGCGUAUCAUGAUGAUGAAACGACGGCAACAUUUAAAUUGUGGAGAGUGGGAAAAAUUGACUACAAAUGGGAGAAUAUGGUACCGCCAAUUCAGGGAGGUACUUAUAGACUACUAGACCAAGAUUCGCCUUCAUAUGAGGAUACAGAAGCCGAUGAGUCCGUGCUUUCGACCACAUGGAAAAAAGUCGAUAAGAGUGAUGAAUACACGAAGUCUCUAUCCACGGGAAAAAUGGCCGGUGAGACUGAAUACAAGCUUUAUCCAAAGAUACCGCAAGGUGUCAUUCCCUCGCUUGAUCUAAAGGAAGCGUACGAAAAGAAGGUUGUAGUAGAUCCCGCAGUAGUUUCUGAAAAUUUUGACAAUGAACGUGUGCAAAAUGAUCUAGAAAGCUUCCCUGCACUUGACGUGGAAACGCAAAAUUAUAUUGCAGAGGAGUAUCGGAAGUUGCACGAGGAGAUUACAGAUAUGGGUUUAUAUCAGUGCAAAUACUCUCGUUACUUGAAGGAAUUCCUGAGAAUCAGUACAUUAUUUGGAUUUGCAUUUUACCUCUUGAGCAAGAAAUGGUACGUAGCUUCUGCUCUGUCAUUAGGGUUUGGAUGGCAACAACUGGUAUUUAUUGCCCAUGAUGCAGGUCAUAUAUCUAUCACUCACAACUAUCAGAUCGACAAUAUUAUCGGUAUGCUAAUCGCCUCGUUUGUCGGUGGCUUAUCUUUGGGUUGGUGGAAAAGGAAUCAUAACGUCCAUCACUUGGUAACUAAUGAUCCAGUCCAUGAUCCGGAUAUUCAACAUCUACCUUUUUUUGCAGUCAGUACAAGAUUAUUUCACAAUGUCUACUCAACUUAUUACGAGAAGUUCCUUUGGUUUGACGGUUUUGCAAAGAAACUGAUUCCAAUUCAACAUUACAUGUACUACCCUAUCCUAUGUUUUGGAAGAUUUAAUCUAUACCGCUUAAGCUGGGUUCACGUCCUCCUUGGACAAGGGCCUCGUAAGGGUAAAGCUGCUUGGUUUAGAUAUUUUGAAUUAUGUGGUUUAAUUUUCUUCAACUAUUGGUUCUUUUACCUAGUAUGCUACAGGCAAUUACCAACAAUAUCAGAAAGAGUAAAAUACAUUUUGAUCUCUCAUGUCGCUACGAUGAUUGUCCAUGUUCAAAUUACUCUAUCACAUUUUGCCAUGUCAACUUCUGAUCUUGGAGUGACAGAAUCCUUCCCAAUGAGACAACUGAGAACGUCUAUGGACGUCGAUUGUCCUAGAUGGCUAGACUUUUUCCAUGGUGGUUUACAAUUUCAAGUUAUUCACCACCUGUUCCCAAGACUUCCAAGACAUAACCUAAGAGAUGCUCAACCGUUAACGAUCAAAUUCUGCGAGAAAGUGGGCAUCAAAUACUCUAUUUACGGAUUUAGUGCUGGUAAUGAGAUUGUGAUUUCUCACCUCCAGCAAUUAGCACAACAAGCGCACACAAUGCUCGAAUGCGCUAAAACAAUGAACAAAGAAGCAACUGCAACAAAAAACAGUAUUGAAAAGUCCAAGCCAACUCUUGCGGAGAAUGUUAGUUCAAUAAGAAAACAAGAAUAA